GAUCAUCUUCCGCGAAUCACGGCAUCAGUUUAGAUUACGCCUUUCAGAGGGGCGGUGAGUUGAACAGAGCGCGACAAAAUGAAGAACCUCACGGUUGGGGCACUGUUGAUGGUCGUUUGUGCGGCCUUGGUCAAUGGGAGUCACUAUCAUCCGUACGAGGAGAUCGGUCAGCUGCUGGAUGGAGAUUUGCUAGUUAAGGGAGAAACGGGAGUAUCCGGAGCGAACGGUGACGCCCGAGGUCAGCCAACCAAAUGGACAGAGAGUACGAUUCCGUAUCAGUUCGAUGGCAGUUUCACUGAAAAUCAAAAGGCCAUCGUAUUGGAGGCCAUGCAAGUGAUUCAGGAUGCCAGCUGCGUUAGGUUCACCCCGAAGCAAGAUCAGCACAAGAACUACGUUUCAAUUACGACGGACCAGUCCGGCUGCUGGGCGUCCCUGGGAAUGCAAGGGGGCCAGCAACUGAUGAACUUGGAUCCCCGCGGCUGCAUACACAAGGGGGCAGUGUUGCACCAGUUGAUGCAUCUGCUUGGGUUCAUCCAUCCCGAUAGCCGUCCGGAUCGGGACCUGUACGUGAAAAUUCAGCUGGGAAAUGUGCUCAACCACGAGAGGCCAAAUUUCGAAAAAGUCCCAAGUGGAUCGUUCGAUGACUUUGGAUUGACGUACGAUUACGAAAGCAUUUUGCACCGAAGCGGAAUGGCGUUCAGCUCUACGGGAGGAGACACGAUCGUUCCUUUGCAUGACGAUAUUGAACUUGGACAACGCGAAGCUUUGAGUGUUAAAGAUAUUCGCAAGCUUAACAAAAUGUAUUGUCUGGAUUAGAUCAUCAACCAGCAACUGGAAUUAGUGGAUGAAAUAUCAAAAAUAUCUUAUACAUAUUUUGUUUUGUUCUGUAGUGCUAGUUUUGCUCUGUAACACAAUGGCUUCCUUCCUCGUAAUAAAUCAAUGUUUGCAAGCAUAA